CACCAUUCUCCUCCGCCUCCUCGCCGCCAGCCCGCCACCUGCGAACUCCCCCACUCCCGGCUGCCCGCCGCCGCGAUGCAGAUCCUCCGGCGGAAACUUCUGGAAGCUUCCCGCCGCCUCCCCUUCUACUUCCCCUCCGCGCCCACCGCCCACUACCGCGGCCACGCCCAUGCCGUCGCCACCCUCGCCGCCGUCCUGCGGGACCAGACCGCCGGCUCCCUCGCCGCCGCCCCGUGGGCCGCCAUCCAGCGCCGCGGCGCGAAGAUGCUCGGCUCCGAAGUGAAGCUUGGAAACGUAAUACAGAGAAGAGGUCGCAUUUAUCAGGUGAUAAAAGCACAACAUUCACAUCAAGGUAGAGGAGGAGCCACUAUACAGGUGGAAUUGAGGGAUGUUGACACUGGCAACAAAAUAACUGAAAGAUUUCGUACCGAUGAGGCUCUUGAGAGAGUUUUUGUUGAGGAGAAGUCAUUCACAUAUCUUUAUCAGGAAGGAGACAAUGUGACUCUUAUGGAGCCUGAAACGUUUGAGCAACUUGAGGUCUCAAAGGAACUGUUUGGCAAAACUGCAGCAUAUCUGAAAGAUGAAAUGAAGGUGACUCUGCAGUACUUUGAUGGCCGACCUAUGUCUGCAUCAGUGCCUCCACGCGUGACUUGCACGGUUGUUGAAGCACAACCUCAUUCAAAAGGGAUAACUGCACAGCCUCAAUAUAAAAGGGUAUUGCUGGAUAAUGGUCUUACAGUGCUUGUACCACCCUUUGUAGAAGCCGGUGAGAAAAUUGUUGUUAGUACUGCAGAUGAUUCAUAUAUGACGAGGGCCUGAGGGCAAUACCUGGUAGAUGGUGUUAUUACUCCAAAUUUGGUUCUCAGCUUGCAUUUUCUUGGGUAAAUUUUCAACCGCCUUGUUGUAGAAAGACAUCACCUAGCUUCAUUAAUAAUUCAGUAUUCAACAAGUUCUGUUCUCAUAGAUUCUUCUUUUCAAUUAGUCAUUUUGAGUUUUGUUUCCCACCAUAAACGCAAUCCCACCAUGGUACCCCAUGAAAUUUUUGUGGGAACUCUGAUAUAUAUGCUAUUGGUAUUGAGUACUUGGUUGUGUCGUGCUGUCUA